GGAGAGCCUCAUGGUUUGACACAGUAAAAGUUCAGUCUGAUCUGCAGGCUUCCAGGUAAACAUUUGAAUUUAAGAACAAUCCAAGAUAGUUCUAGGUUUACUGCCUAAGGAACUUAGAAAAGCAAUGAAGCUUUCCCUUUAAAUUAGUCAAAGGUAUCUAAAAAAACAGCAACAAGUCCUUGUAUCUCUAGAGCUUUUUAAGUUAUCUGUUUGCCUGUUGUUUUGUGAAUAUCAUGCAUCAGGUUCACUCAGAUAGUUUAUCAAAGAAUACUUGCCCUGUUUUGAGGAUUUGAGGUCUUUGUUUUGCUACAUAGCUCACAGCUGUUUUCACUGAUUUGUUCCCUUCCAUCAGUUCUGUGGAACCUCCUUGAUUAAUAUGGUCUUUAAUAGUGGAUAGAAAUUGUUUUCUCUAUAUGAAUAUGUUAUAGCAUGAACGUGUGUAUGUAAUGUAUGCUAUGAAUGGUCUUCUUGCAUUUCUAGGGCACUCGAACUCAUACAAAUCAAGCAUUAUGGUUUAUUCAGCAUUAAAUAUUAAGUUAUCAUUUUGAUUUUUGUCAACCAUCAUUAUGGCAAUUCAAACUCACUCGAAUGCUACAUGUUGUAGAAAUUAGUUUAGAAAAACGGAACUUUAUGAAACCACCAGCAGUGUAGUUUGAAGCAGCUGACUGACAAAUUCCUGUUGUAAUUUUCAAUGGUAAGUAUAGACUUAACGUUUGCCCUUCAAUUGAGCUAGGCAAAGGUUUUUUGAUAAGUGAAUGUUAAUCAGCCAUUGUCCUGAACUUUUUAAUUCUUAGCUGGGAAGACCAGUAAGAACUGAUGGAAGGAGAAGUAAUUGUGGGGGAGAUAAACAUUAUAAUGAAACUGUAUUAGAAAGCAGAUACUAUACAUCUUAAAAUACACGUGAUGGAAUAGAAAUCAAACUGAAGUCUGUGAUCCUCCUCUAUUCAAAUAAAUCUUCUGGUUCAAAGCUGGUACAAAACAUUCAGGUUCCUAACAUAUUUCUUGAGGGCUUCUUGUUAGCACCGUGUUCUGUUGCUGAACUUCUGAGAGAGCCUGGAAAUAUUUGGACACUUCGACCUUUAAAAGAGGACAUGUUUUGCUGUUUAUUAUUUGAUGAAAACAAGGAGCAUAGAUCCAGUAUAGGAUUGUACAAGUUCAACACUGUAUUUAUAUGUUGAGAAGUCUGUGUUUUUUGUACAGGUGUAGUCACUGGGAGUUUGAAGGUUUUCACUGUUAGAAGAGAAUCAUCACAAGAUGAUUCAACAGAAGGAAAAGUACUUGUUUUGGUUGCUCUUUAGUGCAGGGCUGCCUCACUGCUGUUGUGGCGAUGAGCACAACUGUUCAAAGCUCCUCUAUCCCAUAGCUGGGGUGUUGGGUGUAGAACAGGGAGAAAUGUAGCCUGGUUUUGUUGGAGAACGUGUUCUGACAUGAGUGUUGAGGCAAAGUUGAAGACAGAACUCAGGUCAACUGGGCCACAAUCCUGGCUGCUUUGAACUGUGUGUUUAAUUCUGUAGAAGCCAAGAGGUCUGCUGUUAGAGACUUGGCGGAGGGUGAGGGAAAAUCCCAUGAAGUAUUCUAGUAUCUAGUACAACUUACAUUUACUAUCACUUCUGGUGCUGUAUCUGUAAAGGCAUAUUGUCCUGCUGGUGGGCCUGAUCUCUGGAAUGUCUGACUGUGGUGAAAUGGAGAGAUACUACUAUCUGACUUUUACAAAGUGGGUCUGGGCAGCCUGGUCUAGUUGGUGACCCUGCACAUAGCAGGGGAAUUGAAGCUAGAUUAUCAUUAUGGUCCUUUUCAACACCCCAUUCUAUGAUUCUGUAAUUCAGAGUUGACUCUUUUUGUACCUUAUGACUUCUUUUGAUUAACAUCUCUCUCUGUCUAUAACUUUGCAGGCCUUGAGGAGCCUAGUGCAGAAAUGCUUGAUGUUGAGCAGUAAUCACUUUCCUCUUUUGGCCUUUGAACUAAGUGUGACAGUACUUGCUAUCUAAAAUAAUGCAGAGUAAGAACUGUGCAAGAGAGUGAGUGACAGAACAACUCAUAGGGCUUCAGACAGAAGGGUUAUGAGACUGUACAGGCCACUGGACAGAAAAAGUCUAUCUUGAAAAUAGAUAUCCAUGUUGAUCAUGUUAGACUUUGCCCAUUAUAUCUUUCUAGAUGCUUGAAAAUAAUUACAUUAUGAACUCCUCAAGCAGUUAAAGCUUGGAAGGGAUAUUAGAUGAUCUAAAGGUCACAGCACUUCAGCACUAACUGGUAUCUACCUUACUUCAAUAUAGGUUUAAGCCUUUCCAUCAUCUUCUCCAUCAUCUUUGUUAUUAAAGUAGACACCCCAACUUGCAGCAUCCUACUUUUGUUCUUAACAAUGCCUUGUAAAAACUCUUUUUGCUUUGCCAUGCUCUUUCUGCAUUAAGCAGCACUUGUUAUUGUAACACACUAUUAAUUCAUGUUGCAUUUUUUGUUUAAUGGGACUCCUAAAUACAUUGUCAUGUUGCUGCUUGCGGGAGGUAUGUCUCCUGUGGAUAAAAGUUUCAAUCUCUGUUUAUAGUGAAGUUUUUCAUUUGGAUGUGUUAAUUUUGGCUCAGAUGUUCCUCAGAUAUAGUGUGGCCUUCCCUGUGUAGAGAAAUAAUGAGAGCAGAUGCUACAGACUUUGAGCUUUUCUGAGUGGUAACUGGCAUCAGUGAGCUGGAAGUGAACACAGAACGCUGAGUAACAUGAGGCCUAGCUCAGUUCCUCUGGAAGCUCAGUGGAAAUUCCUCUAUUUCAUGCUGCUUUGUCAUGCAUAAUUCUAUCUUGAGCUAUCACUGGUCAGUUUUUAACCUAGUUGUAGUAUAUUGUGGCAUGAAGUCAGAUGUCUUACAGAAGUCUGUGUGUUUAUGUAUGCAUAUAGCUGCUGUAAAACUACUGUAAUUUUAUACAAUGACCUUAAAUUUUAUCACCAAAUUUUAAAAUAACAUCCUAUUUCAGCUUUAUGUUUAUAAGAACUACUGUAGUCUCCUUAGCUGAGCCAGGCUCAGGAAUAUGCGAUCUGUUUUUGGCAGAUAUUUUGAGCCUGUCCUUAAAACUUCCAUUAUUGGAGAUUCUGGAGCCUCCUUUGAUGUAGCCAAGCUGUGAUUUUCUUUUUACUAUUAUUUAUUAUUAAACUGUGCUUUUAUAGCUAGAACUUUCCAGUUUUGGUUGUUUCUACAGCUGGUCAUGUCUAUUUGCUUAUUGGCUCUAAAAGCAACCCCUUACUGACAGAGGGCUCAGUUUUCCUGUGGCAUUUAAUGGUUUAUCACGUCAACAGAAGCCUUCUUCCAAGACUAAAAUCUCUGUGAAUGUGUGGAAGGAGGAAAGAAGCCGUUUGAAUCAUUUUAUAAGUGAGUAUGUAGAGAAGGGAAUGCCAAUUUAUAUGAAAAGGAGAGCAUGACUACUACUUUCCCUUGAGGUUGGCAUUAUUACAUCAGGUUCUGUUUGUGCCAUAGUGCCAGAAGUCCAAAUGGAUUAGGGAGUAAGACACAGAACUUCAGACCAGGUAAUGGCUUUGAAGAUGAACACGCUGAACAGCAACAGAGCAAACAUGCUGAAAGAGGUUCAACUUAUGAAUAGACUCUCACAUCCAAACAUCUUAAGGUUUAUGGGUGUCUGUGUGCAUCAAGGACAGCUGCACGCACUUACUGAGUACAUCAACUAUGGUAACCUGGAACAGCUAUUAGACAGUAACCAGCAUCUGUCCUGGACAGUGAGGGUGAAAUUGGCAUAUGACAUCGCUAUGGGAAUCAGUUAUCUUCACUACAAAGGCAUUUUCCAUCGAGACCUUACAUCCAAGAACUGCUUAAUAAAACAUGAUGAGAAUGGAUACUCAGCGAUAGUGGGAGACUUUGGUUUAGCAGAGAAAAUUCCAGAUCACAGUGAGAAGCUACCAGUGGUGGGGUCACCUUUCUGGAUGGCACCAGAAGUUCUCAGAGAUGAACCUUACAAUGAAAAGGCAGAUGUGUUCUCCUAUGGUAUAAUUCUGUGUGAGAUAAUAGCAAGAAUACAGGCAGAUCCAGACUAUCUCCCUCGUACAGAGAAUUUUGGAUUAGAUUAUGAUGCCUUCCAGCACAUGGUGGGAGACUGUCCCCCUGACUUCCUCCAGCUGGCUUUCAACUGCUGUAAUAUGGAUCCAAAGUUGCGUCCUUCAUUUGCUGAUAUUGUCAAAACACUGGAGGAGACUUUAAACCGCCUGAGAAACGAGGACUCUGAGAGAGACAGAAAGUUUUUGAAUCUUGACAACAAUGAAAGAAAACCUAAAGGGUCAAUUGAAAAAGGACCAGGAGUAAAACGUUUGAGUUCCCUGGACGAUAAGAUUCCACCCAAGUCACCCCGUCCACGUCGGAAUAUCUGGUUGUCACGUAGCCAAUCGGAUAUCUUCUCCCGCAAGCCUUCCAGGAAGAUAAAUGUGCAGGACCCCUACUACACACCAAACAAAGGAUUAGGCCGGAAAGUUAAUCCCUUCAGUGCCCGGGAGGACCUCAAGGGUGGAAAGAUAAAAUUCUUUGACAUGCCAAGCAAGUCUGUGAUCUCUCUUGUGUUUGACUUGCAUUCUCCAGAGGCGGGUGGUUGCCUGAAAGCCAGCCAGUCCCAGUUCCGGCAGGCAUAUAGCACAGACUGGCAGGAAUUUUCCCUCCUUCCUGGGAGGAGAUGCAGAUCACUUCCAGUCUCUCCCGAAUUGGCACACAAAGAAUAUGGCCUGUUUAGUGGACUGUCUUCAACCAUCAGUAGAUGUGAUCCAACCCAGCUAAGUGCAGAGGUUCGGCAAAAGCUCCUGAGUAGCAGUAAAUAUGGUGUAUCAGAGAUUCCCCCCUUUCAAGCCAAGCAUCACAGGCCAGAAUUUCUUUCUGUACCAGGACAAGAGGAGGAUAUGGACUGUUCGGAUGGGCCAGUGUCCCAGGAGGAAAAUGGAUUUUACUCUGAGAACACAUGUGAAGAUCCAGCAUGUAAUCAACCAUUAGUGCUGGCCCAGUCUGAGCCAUUAUCUUACAAAGGGCUCCCAGUUGAGAAUUCAUUGAACUCUGAGGAACACUCCUCACAGGUGUUUGCUGGUUGUCUCCCUUCUGAAGAGAUGGAGGUGGAAGACAACCUGCUGAAAAAUACACUGCUGGAGUCUACAAAGCCUCUGUUCAGUGUUUGUCCUUCCACGGAGCUGAGGACAGAUGCACGGCCAUUCAGGGAGCACGACGGGGACAGCACUGCCCCAUUGUCUCAGACAUCCUCCAACAUCUCAGCAAGUGGCAGCACGCAGCCAACUUGUGACAUAUGAAGAGAGGUCUCAAACAGAGCAUGUCCUUGAGGGAACCGUUGUUCCCAGUCACUUAAACUCUGUUCUUCAGUAGCGCUGGGUUUUGUGCUCAAAGGAGACCCAGCAGAUGGUAAAAAUGGGCUGUGGUAGCUGUGGGUACAGCUGUGGACAGCAUCUGAAGAGACUGAUGAUUUUAACUGUAUUUUCCAAGCUAUGCUUAUUUCCUUCCUUGAUUUGCUUUAGGAGGGGAAACUACUCCAGCCAGAAUUUCCAUGUGAGCCCCAUACCUUAUAGAGGUAGUAGCCAGGAGUAGGCACCACACAAACUGUUUGACCUGGAUUCCAGCAUGGAGCAUUUUGAGGCCUUAAGUUCCAGGUUGAGUGGGAAGAGCAACCCGUAGGUUUUCCCUCUUCCUCUGACUGACCAGCUGCUCUGAACUACUGCAGAUUUUGCAUUAGCAUUCUGCAAGCAGUACAUGUGAAUCAGAGCCUCUGUUCCAGAAAUGGGCACAGAUCUUUCAGAGCUGCAUUAAGCAGAUAGCAGUGCUUUCUUGUCCCAGAGCUGCUGUGGAUGCUGUUGCAGCAUUAAACAAGCUCUUCUUUCAAAAGCAGGAGAAACAAAACCCCUCAUGUUGGUUGCAGUCUGCAGGCGGAGUCACAUAAUAAGUACCUUCCAGUUAACAAGAGGAAUCUGUUCCCUGGUGUUUCAUUUUGCCCUGGGAUUUGUUAGUGAAGUGUAAUGCGUUAGUGUGGGGAAGCAGGACGCAGUGAGCACCACUUUCUUUCUUGCACAGCUCUUAAUGUAUCUUGACCCAGAUGUGGAGGAAGAUUUGCCCAGGGAGCAAGAAGGGAGCCAGAUUCCAGACACUGUCAUUUCUGGGCUUUUUGAGAACCUGCCAGUGGAAGUACCAGUUGUACUGAGCUUUUGGGCUCUCCUCUUUUAAAACACCAUAAUCUAUUUCCGCAGAAUAGCUAAAUACAGUUUCUAGAUGGACAGCUAUCGCUAUGACAGGAGGGUCACAUUCAGAUCCCUCUCUAGUAGGACAUCCAUCUCAUUGGUGCCACUGCACUAAUGAUGGUAGCAAUGACUUUUUCAAGAGCAGACUGCUUGAUGGGGGAUAGGAAUCCCCUGCUCCAGAGAAGCCACCAGCAGUGUUGCAGCCACAUGAGAGCUUUUGCAGGAGGAUAGAUAGUAGACUCACAGAUGGGCUUUUGAGUUGUCCAACUGAAGAAAAGUAACUUGUCCUCUUUUUUUUUUUUUUUUUUUAAAUUCUAUAGAAAGAAGCUGUUAUCUUCUUUGGUUUCUCCUGUCACUGAAUAGGAUUAUCUUUUUUUUUUUUUUAAUGUUUUUCUUCACUCUACCAACAGAUAGAUGUAAAAGAAGCAGCAGCGUCUCCUUUAAAGCUGCUUGCUGGAACCAACAUCAGAGAUCCCCACUCUGGGAUGUGAUGUAGAACAAAGAUCCCCUGUGGUGAUGUUUGUGCAACAUCCUGCCCUUUCUGCUAUCAUUGUACACAGUUAUGUGGGUUUUUUGUUUUGGUUUGCUUUUGUAUUUUUAACCUAUAUUAUCAUUCCUAACUGAGGUAUGCAUUGUGUGCUCACUGAGCAGGCGAUGCAGUAGCUAUGGGGGAUUUGGAGUCCAGGAUUUCAUCCAGGUAGUCUAUUAUUUUUGCUCUUGUGCAAGGAUGGAAAAUGUAAGCUGGUACUCCCUGAUGAAAAAAAGGCUUUUCUUACUUUUCUCCCAUCCCAAGGAAAAGAUGAAGGAGAAAGCCUAAGUUUUUCUGUUUGUUUGUUUUCUUGGCUGAGUUGCUCAGCUUUUCAGAGGUGUAGGUCACUAUUCUGCUUUAACUGUGACUUUAUCUUGUGAAACAUGUUUCAGCCCAAGCAGCAGUUAUCUCUUUGCAAUGGCUGCAAAUAAUUAAAUGAGAAACACAGUAUCCUUGAGUUACUUAGCACAGUCCAUGCUGUGUUACGCAGCUAUUAGUUUGAAAAAGAAAAGGCCCAUCCUGACCAAGAUUGCCCAUUUUGGCCCACACCUCUGCCCGUCAAAGGUGCUGAUCUGUAGAGUAGCUUGUGUUGUGUGUCCUGUCUGCAGUGAUGGUGUCUGCAGAGUGCUGAGCAGCUGGAAGGGCUGGCACUGUAUUGUGUCAUUUCCUUUGAGGACAGGGAACCAGUCAACAGAACUCAACUGCCUGCCUGUCUGCUGCCUGCUUUUUUUUCCCCCUCAUAUAUAUAUAUAUAUAUUUUCUUUUAUCCAACUAUAAUCUGUCAGGAGGGAAAUCAUCAGCACCAGCUUCUGUUGUCACAAGACGCAUUUAGGUGUGUGACUUCAGACAAACAAGCAAUAAUAAGGAAUAGUUUACUUUGGAUCACCAGGCUGCAAGGAAGCUGUCCCACAGCCUACAGCUGCACACAGCCUUAGCAGCAUAGGUGUGUGCCUCUGGCUGCUCUGCGUGGCUUUUGUUACCCUGCUUGUCAGCACUGACACCUCAUUGCGAAGCCUGUAGCCCUCUCUGACAGACUGCAAAAUCUGUGUAGUCAGGCAUGGGAUAUCUCUAAAAACCCAUCACAGUGACCUCGAGUGUUCUCUUACACCACUGGCUCUUAAAUGUUUCCCUACCCUCAGUGGCUUUUACAAAGCAGCAUGGUUAAAAUUUUAUUUUCUUAAAUGUCUACUCUGAGCACAGCCAGCUGACAUGCGCAGGGCACAUCUAUCAACUUUUCUAGCUCUUUGUUCUGAGAUGGAGAUGUCAGAUGGGAAGAGAAGUACCAAGGAAUAACAACUCAGGCCUUUCCUGCAUUCUUGGUCCACGUGGGGAAAAAAGGUGAUGUGCAGAUGAACUGGAGUAAAAGACUGUCUUAAAAUAGCAAAGUGCUUGCUAAAACCCAGCAUUUCCAAGGGUUUGGAUGCAGUUGGCACUCACUGUCUUAUCCCUUCGGUUGUGCAAAGCUGAAUCUAGGUUGCACCUAGCAAAUACUCCUAGGUUUUCUGCCCAUCUGAGGGUGCUUUUCUACUGGGGGCCAUUUUCUGACAGCUACUGAUGAACAUGAAUCUGAAUAUGCAGUCAGCAAACUCCUUGUUUUAUAGUGAUGUGACAACGUUUUUUCUUGUGAUUGGAUUUUAUCAUGGUUUUUGACUUUCUUAGAGGAGCAAUUGCUCUUUUAAAAGACUUUCUACACGUUGCUAGGUUCCCUAAAGAGAUCAAAGAUGUUUUUAAUUCACUUUAAAUCUUUCUAUGUUGAGUUCAUUUAAAUGUCUGUUAUAAGCUAUUUUUGUUGUGGUUGCAGGUUGAUAAAAUGCAACUUAGAGAAUGCAUGUGAAUUGCUGCCCCUCAAAAGCAGUGCAGACAAGGGGCUUUAGUAAACUUACACUUGCUGGAAAAGCAUCAAUGUAUUGUGUAACAGAACAUUGGUAUUUUUUGCCAGUGCAACUAAAGACACUUGAAUAAUUCCUGUUUGCACUUAAUGCUAUUGUUUAUAUUGCAUGUCACUACAUUUCUAUGCAAAACAAAUAACCUUUUUUCGGGAGGAGGGGCAGCCAGGUAUUUGAUUAAGUAAGUAUAAAGAUCUUUGCAAGAUGAUCUAUUUUCAUAUUUAUGAAGGAGUUUUACGUCUUAAUAUUUUGCAGACUGUAAAUAGCUCAACUUGUAAUUAAAGGUUUAGGAAGAAGUUUGUAGCCUGUGUAUAAUAGUAAGUUAACACUGCCAGAAAAGAAAAAUCUUUGCAAAACAAUUUUUCUAAUAUUGUGGAUAUUUAUGAAUAUGUAAAGAAAGCACGUCUCGUUUUUAUGUUGAUUGACCUUUGGACUUUUUGGAGCUGUAGAAAUGGUGUAUGUUUUAUUGGAACUGCAAUAAGAAGUAACCAAAGAUGAAUCCAGUUAAAUAUUUUCAUAAUUUUUUCUUGGUCAGGUUUUGUAAACUUUCCCAACUUGCUUUCAAAAUAAAAUUAAAAUCAAG